UGCGCGAGAACAGAAAAUUGUCGCCAUUUUCGACAAAUUUUUUAUUUUUUUCAUAAACAAUCAAAAUAGGGUGUUAAAACAGCUACAUAAUGGAUUCUUCAAGUGGAGGAAGCAAUAGAGUUGUUCGGGUGAAUAUGAUGGAGGGUGUCGGAGCUCGGGUUGUUCGAGGUCCCGACUGGAAGUGGGGUAAACAAGACGGUGGGGAAGGACACUUGGGAACUGUGAGAAAUUUUGAGUCACCAGAAGAAGUUGUAGUGGUUUGGGACAACGGCACGGCAGCGAAUUAUCGCUGUGCGGGAGCUUUCGACCUUAGGAUAUAUGACAGUGCACCCACUGGAAUCAAGCAUGAUGGUACAAUGUGCGAUACAUGUAGACAGCAGCCCAUAUUUGGAAUACGAUGGAAAUGUGCAGAAUGUGUAAAUUAUGACCUUUGCUCUGUGUGCUACCAUGGAGACAAACACAAUUUACGACACAGAUUUUACAGAAUAACAGCACCCGGAAGUGACAGAGUUCCUGUGGAGCCUCGAAGAAAAAGUAAAAAGAUCACAAUUCGGGGUAUUUUCCCUGGGGCCCGGGUGGUAAGAGGAGUCGAUUGGCAAUGGGAAGACCAAGAUGGUGGAAAUGGGCGUAGAGGAAAAGUCACAGAAAUACAGGAUUGGAGUGCAGCCAGUCCCCGCAGUGCUGCUUAUGUUUUAUGGGAUAAUGGAGCUAAAAAUUUAUACAGAGUUGGUUUUGAGGGAAUGGCUGACUUGAAAGUUGUUAAUGAUGCCAAAGGGGGUUCAUUCUACAGGGACCACCUGCCAUUAUUAGGUGAACAAGGUCCAGGGUCAAGGUCAGGUCCUGGAGGUCUUGUGAUAGGCGACCAGGUUAACGUUGAUCUGGACCUAGAAAUAGUGCAAUCUUUACAGCAUGGCCAUGGAGGCUGGACCGAUGGCAUGUUUGAGUGUCUUGGUACAACUGGCUCUGUGGUAGGCAUCGAUGAAGACCAUGAUAUAGUGGUCUCAUACCCCAGUGCAAACAGGUGGACAUUUAACCCAGCAGUUUUAACCAAGGUCCACACAGCCACAGCUACCAGUAGUACAGCAUCAGUGUCCAGUGAACCAAGUAGUGUACAGGGUCAGUUUGUAGUAGGAGACCUGGUCCAGAUCUGUAAUGAGCUAGAAAGGAUCAAACUCCAACAGAGGGGACAUGGGGAAUGGACAGAAGCCAUGUUGCCUACCCUUGGCAAGAUAGGGCGUGUCCAACAGAUUUACCAUGACAAUGACCUAAAGGUUGAAGUAUGUGGCACUUCAUGGACAUACAGUCCCUUAGCUGUUACUAAAGUGGCCUCAGCAGAUGCUGCAGCACUGGGUAACUCUUCAGGAGAGCGCCUUAGUGCUUUGCUGAAGAAAUUAUUUGAAGCGCAUGUGUCUGGUGAUGUCAAUGAAGAACUUGUAAAAGCAGCAGCCAAUGGGGAUGCCAGCAAAUGUGAGGAGAUCCUUGCACGACCAGAAUCUGAUGUUGCUAUGGUGAAUGGAGUAUUUGCUGGGCACACAGCGCUGCAGGCAGCCUCCCAGAAUGGCCAUGUUGAAGUGAUCAAAGUCCUCAUGAAAUAUGACGUCAACUUUGAGAUUGAGGACAAAGAUGGAGACAGGGCAGUACAUCACGCAGCAUUUGGUGAUGAGGCCCAAGUUAUUGAUCUAUUACACAGAGGUGGCGCUGAUUUGAAUGUGCGCAAUAAAAGGCGACAAACCCCACUUCAUAUUGGCGUGAAUAAAGGCCAUAUAGGUGUAGUUCGCACACUCUUAGAGCUUGGAUGCCAUGCUAGUUUACAAGAUUCUGAAGGCGACACUCCCCUGCAUGAUGCUAUAAGUAAAAAGCGUGAUGACAUGGUGUCACUUUUGAUUGAGAAUCAUGCAGAUAUCACACUGACGAACAACAAUGGAUUCAACUCCUUGCAUCACGCAGCUUUAAGAGGGAACCCGAGUGCAAUGAGGAUACUACUAUCCAAGCUGCCUAGACCCUGGAUCGUGGAUGAAAAGAAAGAUGAUGGCUACACAGCGCUACACCUGGCUGCACUCAACAAUCAUGUGGAGGUGGCAGAACUUCUAGUCAUCCAGGGGAAGGCUAACAUGGACAUCCAGAAUGUCAACCAACAGACAGCCCUUCAUCUUGCAGUUGAGAGACAACAUACACAAAUAGUUAGGUUGUUGGUACGUGAGAGCUGUUGUUUGAACAUCGCAGACAAAGAUGGUGACACACCACUUCACGAGGCACUGAGACACCACACCCUUUCACAGCUGAGGCAACUACAGGACAUGCAGGAUGUUGGCAAGUUGCUGAUGGGACUCGGGACCCCAGGUGCUGAUAAAAAGUCCAGUGCAUCAAUUGCGUGUUUCCUUGCUGCCAAUGGGGCAGACUUGAACUUGAAGAACAAAAAGGGACAGUCCCCACUGGACUUAUGUCCAGACCCUAACCUUUGUAAGGCUCUGGCCAAAUGUCAUAAAGAAAGAAAUAGCCCUAAUUUAACACCACCCAAUGCGGCGACAAUUCGCAAUGACCAAGAUUCACUGGAAGAAUGUAUGGUUUGUUCAGAUAUGAAGCGAGACACCCUAUUUGGACCCUGUGGUCAUAUUGCCACAUGUUCGCUCUGUUCUCCACGUGUUAAGAAGUGUCUCAUGUGUAAAGAUCCAGUACAAUCCAGAACAAAGAUUGAGGAAUGUGUGGUGUGUUCUGACAAGAAGGCUACAAUUCUCUUCAAACCUUGUGGCCACAUGUGUGCAUGUGAUGGAUGUGCUGCAUUGAUGAAAAAAUGUGUGCAAUGUCGAUCUAACGUAGAGAAGCAAGUGCCCUUCAUAGUUUGCUGUGGGGGUCAAGCACCACCUGCCCCUGUGGCUGCAGGUAUAAUGAACAAUGGCAAAUCAGAUGUGAACUCUCCAGACUUCCAGAGACUUCAGCAGCAAUUACAAGACAUUAAAGAUCAGACGUGCUGUCCCGUGUGCAUGGACAGGUUAAAGAACAUGAUUUUUAUGUGUGGCCAUGGGACGUGUCAGAACUGCGGAGACAGGAUGCAGGAGUGCCCAAUCUGUCGAAAGUCUGUGGAUAAACGUGUCUUGCUGUACUAACUUUGAAUCUCUGUGUAUCUAUGCUGAACAGCAACAUAAACUGGACACUGAAGACAAUGUGAAAUGUACUAUGAUAAAAUUCUCACUCUGAUUUUGCUAAUUUCAAAUCCACUGAAAACUCUUCAAUAGUGAAUAAAAUUAUUGGGUCCUGUUUGGGGGCUGUUUUUAAUGUGGAGCUUAUUAGACUGGGUCAUUUGUUAUGUUUUAAGUGCAGCUGCUCAAUAAAUUCAAUGAUUUAAGGACUUGAUAGACGACAGGUCACUUUCGAGUUAUUUGGAAAUUCCCUUUUCACUGAACAACAUGUAAAUAUUACUUAAGCAAAAUCCAAAAUCCAGUAAAACCUGUGAUCUGGAAUGUCACUGUUAUAUUAUUGGAACAC